AUGACUUUCAAGUUUUGCGAUCAAUGCGGUCAGAAGCUGCAUUUACAAAAAGCCACCAAACGGUCGAAACCCAAGGAGGUCAAGCGAACAACGGUCAAACAAUGUGGGAUUACACCCGAGUCGUCGUCGACUCAAGCAUGGUUUUGGGGCAGUCAAGCACUUCCAAGCAUCAGUCUCACGGGGCAAACAACCAAACCACAUCGCGAGGCCGAGCCCAACGAAAACCAGAGAGAAGAAGAUCAAGUCGUCAGCCACCUGACUCAACCGCAACGACGCCAGUCGCACAUACGUCCCCGCGACGUGGCAUCGCUGCCUCUACUCACUCGUUCCCCGCGCAUCGAAAAUGCAAAAGGGUCGACCCCCAAUGCAAUAUUGCCCACACCUCGAAUCAACCUAGUGUGGGGACCGACGCUGGAGAAAGCUAUCGCGGAGCUCAAGGCGAAAGACGCCAUGCUCGCGGCCGACAUCGUCGCCAACACUCAAAUCCUUGCCCACGUCGAAGCUCAAGCCCAAGCCCACGCGUUUCAAAACGACGACGUGUUCAAAUUUGCUUGUCAAACGAAGCGGGAACUCGAACGCGCGAUCGGUCGAGACAAGGCAGCACUCCAGAGAGUGCGCGACCACUUGAGUCAGCUCGCUCAAACUGAUUACGCUGUCACAACCACGAAACAUCAGAUCGAGCGCAUUGCUGCGGAUGAAGCGCAAGGUCGCUUACGUCGAGCAUCCGCGGCAUGCCGCAUUUCGCUGUGGUUUCGCCGCCACCGCCAGCGCCGGUUUGCACAGACUCAACUCCGCAUCAAAGUCUGCAGGGGAUAUAUUCGAUAUCGCUACGUGAAGCGCCCCCACGACGUGUUUCCCGGCCAGUUUUUCUACGUGUACGAUCGCAAAGUCAAAGCAACGCAGCCGCAGUUGGAAUUUGUUGGCGAUUCCAGUACUGGUGUAUAUCGUUUGCCAUUCCACGUCUUUUCGAGUCCCCACCCACCUGAGCGCCUAGUCGCAGCGGCCACACGCAUCCAGGGAUGGUACCGCCGACUGAAGACGAAAUGGCGCUGUGUGCUUGUUGAGGUCCAGCGAGUGGUGGUGAACAAACAGCAGGCUGCGGCAUCCCAGCGAAAUGCUGCGGCAACGAAGCUUCAGGCGUUGUGUCGCUCCCGCCAGGCCAAGCGGCGACUGCAGUUGCUCGUGGCGACUUCAUUUGAAAAGUGCGUGGACCCGACGACGAACAUGGUGUUUUUCUACAACGCAAAGACUCAAACGAGCCAGUGGACCCCGCCAAGGCUGUGGAAGUACGCCGGGUCGUGCAGCACGCCGAAGAUGACCCCCCCACUGAAUCGACUUGGUAACCUGGACGCCCCGCGUCGACUGGAGGCGGCUGCAGUGAAGAUCCAAAGCUUGUUUCGAAAGAAAGCCGCCACGAACAAGCUCAAGUUGCUAGUUGCCCAGUCGUAUCAAAAGGUCUUCGAUCCAGAAACCAACCAAUGCUACUACUACAACACCAAAACCAACUCAAGUCAGUGGGUCAAGCCCACACUGCUCGGGUCGGGCGACAUUCCAGUGGCGCUGAGCUCCACCACUCCAACCCCCCGACAGACAUACAAGAAGUUGAAGGACGGCAGCUGCACCCUUGCCAGACUCCCAACAAGUCGACGGAUGGAAGUUGCUGCUGUCACAAUUCAAGGGCUGUAUCGAACUCGCAACGCGCGCCGUCGCCUGCACGUUCUGAUCGCCCAGACGUACCAAAAAGUGUUCGACGCAGACACGAACAUGUGCUACUACUACAACGCCAAGACGGGAGAGAGCCACUGGACCAAACCGAGGCUGCUGGGCGAUGCUGACAUUCCCAAUCCAGUGCGUGCAGCCUUGACGGUGAGGGGCGGCCCUGCGACCAACCCCAGCCCCCCAACGGAUUAUUCAGCCUUGCCUACGUCUCGCCGAGUCGACGUCGCCGCGAUGAAAAUCCAGUCUCUCUAUCGCGUUCGCAAUGCCCGCCGCCACCUUCGUCACGUCCUUGCCCAAACGUACCAAAAGGUCUUGGAUGCCGACUCGCAACAGUAUUAUUACUACAACUCCAAGACAGGCCAGAGUCAAUGGACCAAGCCGGUGCUCUUGGGCACCAGCGAUCUCGCAGACCAGUUCCCGCGUUUACGUCGUCGCAAAGAGGGCGAUGCCAAGGCAUUUCUGACGGGUCUCAAUACUCCGCGGCAACGGGAAGCUGCGGCCACCAAGCUUCAAGGGAUAUAUCGUGUGCGGCUCGCGCGACGGCGACUUGCGACUUUGAUUGCCUCAACGUACCAAAAGUUCGUCGACGCGGACUCGCAGACAUGUUAUUACUACAACUUGAAAACGGGAGAGAGCUCGUGGGUCAAGCCAGCGUUGCUUCGGUUCGACGAAAUGGCACCGCAGACGUGA